CUUGGGCCCUCAAUAGCUCGCCCGGCCGAUCAAACACCUCUGCAGCAUCUUCUACCAGCGAACCCUCAUCAGGUGCGACGCGAGUAGGUUUCCAGGGUAAUGGAGGUCAACACAAACGGCUCGACUAAGCAGUGGCCAGGCUUCUCAAGGCAGAGAUCAUCCCAACAGGUACAGGCCACUGCCCCCAUUCCGCCCAAGGGUCUUCUCCAGACUAAAGAGCAUACCGUAGUCAUCGAUGACUUCCUCCCCAGUCUGGCUCUCUCCGUAGCUUGGGCCAAGAAAACGGCCAAUCUGGGAAACACAAUCAAACCUAAGCAUGUGCAAGAUCGGCCUACCGUUCGUCUCCACGACGACACAAGUUCAGGCGGCUGGUCAACCAGCAACAUGACCUACGUACUGACACUUACUGACCCAGACGCCCCCUCUCGGGAGGAUCCAAAAUGGGCAGAAAUGUGCCACUGGAUUGUUGCUAAUGUGUCUCUCUCUCGGAAGACUCACUCUGUUCUGCCUUCGAUUGUGGAUGCUGGGGGCAUGCUGGGGCGUGAAGCAAAGGGCACUCUCGAUGAUGAAGUAGUGGAAUGGAAGCCGCCAGGCCCUCCGCCCAAGACGGGAAAGCAUCGUUAUGUUUUCCUAGCGUUCGCUCCUCGGAAUGGGACGACGUCGCCCCUCAACCUGAGCAAGCCAAGCGAGCGCAAGCAUUGGGGAACUGGGAAGAAAGGAGGCGGCGUCCGGGAGUGGGCCGAGGAGAAUGGCUUGAUCCCAGUGGGUGCGAACUUCAUCUAUUCAGAGAAUGCGAAGCAGUGAAAGAGCGGAGAAUUGGUAGUGUCACCCAUCUCCCAAUCCGCCGCCAUGGCUAUUCUUUAUGGAUGAGUAUUAUAGGAAACAACUCGUUUACCUCCUAAUAGGGAUGCAAUCCUAUUGUAGUUUAAAAUAUAGCUUAAUUCGGGG